UCAGGGUCAUGAGGCCCAGCGUUUACUGAGCAGAUACUUGGUGCUAGGGCCCAUGCUUGCUGCGUUACUUCUGUUAGCAACUUCACUGGCACAGCACUCCCGUGAGAACAGUCUUAAUCCUCUUGUAGGAGAGGAGAAAGCAGAAGUACUUGGAGGUUAAAUUUCCUGCUGAGUUAGUGAGUUAGGCUUCAGACCCAUCGCUUCUUCGUCCAAAGCUCAUGUCCUUCCCAGAUCUGUUUUUGCCAGCUUCCCAGCACCCCUUACCCACACUGUGUAGGGGUGAGGUUUGGGCAGGAGCAGGCUUGUUCAGUUAAGGUGGGCUAACAAGAGGUUCACAAGAUGCACCGGAGACAUCAGGAUGUCUUUCAUCUGAGUAUGAGUCUUUCCCCACCCCCUCACCUAAGGAGCAGGUGAAGAAAGGUGCACAGGUGCUUCAGGAGGCCUUCAUUGACAGCAGGGUCUGGUGAAAAGUUUGGACCAUUUGCUGGAGAGAAGAGAAUGCCUGAAGACUUGGAUGAAAAUAUGGAUUACAGGUUGAUGUGGGAGGUUCGUGGGAGUAAAGGAGAAGUGCUGUACGUUCUGGAUGCUACCAACCCCCGGCACUCCAACUGGCUUCGCUUUGUUCACGAGGCGCCAUCUCAGGAGGAGAAGAACUUGGCUGCCAUUCAAGAAGGAGAAAACAUUUUCUAUUUGGCAAUUGAAGAUAUAGAAACAGAUACAGAGCUUCUGAUUGGCUACCUGGAUAGUGACAUGGAGGCCGAUGAAGAAGAACAGCAAAUGAUGACAAUGAUCAAAGAAGAGGAAGGUAAAAAUUCUAAAGGACAAUCAACAGCUGGCAGAAAAGAUCGCUUUGGCUGUGAAGAGGACUAUGCCUGUCCCCAGUGUGACUCGAGUUUUACCAGCGAGGAAGUUCUUGCUGAGCAUCUUCAGACAUUGCACCAGAAACCCACAGAGGAGAAAGAAUUUAAGUGCAAGAGCUGUGGGAAGAAAUUCCCAGUUAAACAGGCUUUGCAAAGACAUGUUCUUCAGUGCUCAGCAAAAAGCAGUCUGAAGGAUUCUUCGCGAAGUUUUCUGUGCUCUGUUUGCAAUUCUUCCUUCAGUUCAGCAUCGAGUUUUGAGCAGCACCAGGAGACUUGCCGGGGAGAUGCCAGGUUUGUGUGUAAGGCUGACAGCUGUGGAAAGAGACUGAAGAGCAAGGAUGCCCUGAGAAGACACCAGGAAAACAUCCACGCCGGGGAUCCUAAGAAAAAACUCAUAUGUUCAGUGUGCAAUAAAAAGUGUUCUUCAGCAUCAAGCCUGCAGGAACAUAGGAAGAUUCAUGAGAUAUUUGAUUGUCAAGAAUGUAUGAAGAAAUUCAUUUCAGCUAAUCAGCUAAAACGUCAUAUGAUCACCCACUCAGAAAAACGACCCUAUAAUUGUGAGAUUUGUAAUAAAUCUUUCAAGAGGCUCGAUCAAGUGGGUGCUCACAAAGUAAUACACAGUGAAGAUAAACCUUACAAAUGCAAGCUUUGUGGAAAGGGAUUUGCCCACAGAAAUGUUUACAAGAAUCACAAGAAGACCCACUCUGAAGAGAGGCCUUUCCAGUGUGAGGAAUGUAAAGCUUUGUUCCGGACCCCAUUUUCUUUGCAGAGACACCUGCUCAUACAUAACAGUGAGAGGACUUUCAAGUGUCAUCACUGUGAUGCUACCUUUAAAAGGAAGGACACCUUGAAUGUUCAUGUCCAGGUGGUUCAUGAACGGCACAAGAAGUACAGAUGUGAGCUGUGUAAUAAGGCAUUUGUUACACCUUCAGUGCUUAGAAGUCAUAAGAAAACACAUACAGGAGAAAAGGAGAAAAUCUGCCCAUAUUGUGGCCAGAAAUUUGCCAGCAGUGGUACACUGAGAGUUCAUAUCCGUAGCCACACAGGUGAGCGUCCCUAUCAGUGCCCUUACUGUGAAAAAGGAUUCAGUAAAAAUGACGGGCUGAAGAUGCACAUUCGUACUCACACCAGGGAGAAGCCAUACAAGUGCUCAGAGUGCAGCAAGGCCUUCAGCCAGAAGCGAGGCCUGGAUGAGCACAAGAGGACGCACACCGGGGAAAAGCCUUUUCAGUGUGACGUGUGUGACUUGGCUUUUAGCCUGAAGAAAAUGCUGAUCCGACACAAGAUGACUCAUAAUCCCAAUCGCCCGCUGGCAGAAUGCCAGUUUUGCCAUAAGAAGUUUACAAGGAAUGAUUACCUCAAAGUGCACACGGACAAUGUCCAUGGAGAGGCUGGCAGCCAAUGGUAGCUGUAAAGGAACU